AUGUCCGACAACGCAGUCCUUCUCAAACAACUCAAGAUCAAGUCUGGAUCGACGUUACGUCUAUUCAAGGAGCACAAGCUCUACCAGGACGAGGAAGUGGACCUGAGGCGCAAGCUCGAUAAGCUCAUCGCGGACAACGCGAAUAAUGCGGAGGAAUGGGACAUCAGGAACACGCGGCGCAUGCUCGAAGAGUCGCAGAAGAUGAUCGCCGAUUCUGCGAGCCGGCUGGGGCAGGCCGCCCAGGAGCUGCGCGAGCUCUUGCUCAGCGCGGAACAGGAUGCGGCCCUCGCCCAGGACCCGGAGCUCCUCAAGGCCCAGGAAGCUCUCGAGAUAGUCAGCGUCUAG